AUGAUUGUACCUCGCCGGCCACCGCGCCUCACCUUGAUCGUCGUUUUCGUCUUCGUCGCCGUGCUAUUGCUCUACAACCCGUACUGGUUGUCCACGCCUGUCGUUGUUCUGAAGUCGCCGGACUCGCCGCAACACCACGUCCGAUUCCGUCCGAGUUCAUUCAACUGGUCGGCCGUACGCCAAUUCUAUCCCAUCUCUGACGCCAUCACGCCUCUCCCAAAUGGCAGGCCGCUUCGGCUCCCUCGUGUCCAAAACGUCUACGGCGCCGCGAACCCACACCCCGAAGCUACGAAACGCCAGAAGGCCGUCCGAGACGUCUUCAAGAAGAACUAUGAUAGCUAUAAACGCUAUGCGUGGACCCACGACGAGCUCACACCUGCGAGAGAGCUUGGAGAUAUGCUCUACAUGGGCUUUGAUACGCCUAACCGAAUCCCUGGGUUCUGGCUGAAUUUCGAGGACGCCAAGAAAGGUACCCAGCUAGCGGGCUUACACGAUCCGUCGACCUCCCCGUGCUCGUUGUCCCUCGAAUUUACACGCCUUUCACAGCUUACGGGCGACAUGAAAUACUUUGACGCUAUUAACCGAAUCACCCGCUUCCUUGAACGGACUCAAUAUCAAUCAAAGCUCCCCGGAAUGUGGCCCAAGAUGAUCAAUUUCCGGGAGGAGAGAGUUGAUACAGACAACGGGUUCUCGUUAGGUGCACUUGCAGAUUCACUAUAUGAGUAUUUGCCUAAGAUGUAUACCCUUCUUGGCGGGCUAGAUAAGACAUAUGAGAAGAUGUAUGUUGGCGCAAUGGCGAUUGUGGAGCAGCACCUACUGUUUCGGCCCAUGACGGAGGAUGAUGUUGAUAUCCUCUUUGCUGGUGACGCCUAUAUUUAUCCUGAUCGAGUUGAUCACAUCGCCGAAGGUCAACAUCUGUCUUGUUUUGUAGGCGGAAUGCUGGGUCUGGGUGGUAAGCUGUUUGCCAUUGACAACCACAUCGAUCUUGGCGAUCGCGUUGCUCGCGGCUGUGCGUGGGCUUACGAUGCCAUGCCUUCUGGGCUCAUGCCAGAGAUAUUCAAUCUUAUUGCCUGCUCUUCAAUGACAGGAAACUGCCGAUGGGACGAAAAGAGAUGGGAGCAAGAAGGUGACAAGAGGCUGCGAAAAGGAUUUAAGAAUGCGCGCGAUCCCAAGUACAUCCUCCGUCCAGAAGCUAUCGAAAGUGUCUUUCUUCUUUAUAGAAUGACUGGACAGCAAGACUUACAGGAUAUUGCCUGGAACAUGUUUCAAUCAGCCAUCAAAGCGACUCGGACAGAAUUUGCCAACUCUGCUAUUGCUGAUGUUACCGUUCCUUCCGACGAAACCCAGAAAACAGACUCUAUGGAGAGUUUUUGGCUUUCUCAGACGCUCAAGUAUUAUUAUCUGAUUUUUUCUUCACCCGAGCUCAUUAGCUUGGAUGAAUACGUAUUCAACACCGAGGCCCACCCUUUCAGACUCCCGACAUGA